AUGGACAUACCAGACCUGUGUCCCAUCUGUCUGGACGACUUGCCCGACCAGACCCAGACUAUUGUGCGGGAAACCCGCUCCGCCCAGCACCUCGCCCGCACAGUCCCGUGCCACCACUACUACCACGGCUUUUGCAUCAACGAAUGGGCCAAGAAGGCAAACUCGUGCCCGCAAUGCCGCGCCGCCUUCACCGCCAUCGAGCUCAUCUCCAACCGCGAGGUAUACCAGUCCUCAAACGUCGAACCCAAGAAACAGUCGCCCGAGCCCUUGGACCCCGAGAUCGACAGUCGUGCAUCCUUGCACCACGUGCACCAGCAUUCCCACCUGACGAACCAGCUGUGCUGUUUGUGCGACCGGUCCGGGUCUGGCGGGUUUGCGAUAUGCCAAGACUGUUCGAGCGGCUACCACCUGCGGUGUUUAGGGGUUCUUGAGGGCGCCACGGCGCACGGGCGCCAAAGACAGCUCGGGAUCCGCGCACGUGUGGAGGAGCCCAAUUACGUGGCCCUGGUGGACGAACAACGACGUCGUCAAGCAGUCACCUCUGAGGAUAUUGCGUGGCAGGCUCUGGAUGCCCUGCAAGGCGGGAAACGCACCAGCCACCAAACAGAGGAUGGGGGAGAAGUGGAGAAGUUCAAGCGGCCCAAGCGGGCAGGCCGAAUUGCCUCGUUACAGGGCCCCACCCAGCUUUCCACAGAGGCCCUUGCGCAACACAACAAGCUGCGUGGAGACCCUGUUUCCCCACCGGCGCGCGACGAGGUGCCUUUCCGACUCGGGUUUGUGUCCAAGUCGCUGAUCCAGGCCCUGCUUCUCAAGAACAAGCUGAAAAGGCUGCGACUAUCGACGCAAAAAUACACUGCCGUGAACAAGGCCGUGUCUCGACAGCUGUACUCUCGGAUCUCUGCGCAGACAGACUACAUGGCGUGGCUCAACAAGAUGUCGGAGCUCGUGGAGAGAUACGGCAUUGAGAAACGUAAUUAUGUCGAGUUUCUGGAUACUCUUGACGAUGCGGAUCGACGCGUCGCUCAGACUUUGCGCGACGAGUAUGCGUCGAUGGUGGACAGCAUGCGAGUGGCUCAUCACAACGUCUGUGAUCUGGUUGACGAGUUUCGUGUGUGCGUACUUCCAUUUGCGGGUGGCAAAGUUGAGCACGUAGAAAUUGAACGUCAGUUUGUCACUUUCGCGACCGGGCGGUUCCGACAGCGACUCCAGAAUGGAGCUGGCCACGGUCCAGUGGUCUUUGCCGGACUCUGGGUCUUCGCAUUGGAGCAGCAGUCGCGAAUCCGGCAGUUGGUACUCGCGCAGGCCGCCAAGAACCAUCAAUGUCUCGCCGUCGCACGCAGAAGCAUGGCCGCAGAUCUUGAGCGCCUGGCCGUCCGAAUGCUUCGCGGUGGGGACGUAAUUCCAGGACUCGGACAUCAGGUCGAAACACCACAUGUCGCCGAGGAUCUCGUGUCGGUAGUAGCCGUGCUCCUUGCCGUCAUUGGAGACGAGUUUGAAAUAGACAGUGCUGGAGCCCCCAUACACCACAAGAGUUCUGUCGCGGAUGGCUGGCGACGACGAGAAGAACCCGCGCGGUCUGGGCCACCGGGCGCCAAAACCGUGGCGGAACAGACCGCGGAUCAUCUUCUUGGUGCUUGGUCCAAUAAACUCGCCGUCCGCGGAGUACUCGAAACUGAACCGGUCGUCUAUAAAUUCUGGUCGCCCCAGCAGCGAGCAGAUGAUCUCGGUUGA